AUGAAUCACGGUCGAUUCGUUCGUCGAGAGCGAUGGAGCGCGACGACGACGACGGAGGGAUCGGCGAUUCGAGGCGAAGGCGAGAGCGCGAGCACGGAGGAGAUCGAAAAGUGCCUCGAGGACGAGGAGUGCAAGUUUGAGACGGUGGCGUCGCUGGAGAAGACGUUGGCGAGCAGUGGAGACGAGGUGACGACGGCGGUGAGGACGGAGGCGGCGAAGACGGAGGCGAAGAAGGCGGAGGCGAAGAAGCCAAAGGCGUUUGUCAACGCGAAGACCAUCGACCAAGAGGAUUACGAGGACAUCGUCGUGAGCGAACCGCCUUUGAACAUUGAGCGAUUGAAGUCGAUCGGUACGAUUGCGCGAUCCUUCGAGAUUUGGAGCUUCGUCGCGGCGUUUGUCUUCAGACGAGUGUUCAUUGGCGUGAAAUGGUCGUACAAGGGUGGAUACUCGGAGGAGAAGCGCAUCGCACGACUCGAGCGUUUGGCCAGCUGGACGCGAAAGUCUCUACUUCGACUCGGGCCGACGUUUAUCAAGGUUGGUCAGCAGUUCUCCACGCGCGUGGACGUGUUGAGUCCGCAGUUCAUCCGCGAACUCGAAAAGCUGCAGGAUCGCGUCCCACCGUUCCCAACCUCGAUGGCCAAGGAGAUCAUCCAACAGGAGCUCGGUGGACCGGUUGAGUCUUUUUUCGAUGACUUCGAGGAUACGCCGCUCGCGGCGGCGUCGCUCGGUCAGGUGCACCGCGCCAACAUGAAGGCGACGGGUGAACAAGUCAUCAUCAAGGUGCAACGCCCGGGUCUCAAGGAGAUCUUUGACAUCGAUCUUAAGAACUUGCGCGUCAUCGCCAAGUGGCUGCAAAAGGUCGAUCCCAAAAAUGAUGGCGCCAAGCGCGAUUGGGUCGCGAUUUUCGACGAAACGGCGCGCGUAUUGUACGAUGAAGUCGAUUACACAAACGAAGCGAAGAAUGCGGAGGAAUUCAAGAAUCAGUUCGCCGGAGUCGACUGGAUCAAGGUGCCUAAGAUCUACUGGGAAUUCACGAAGAGGCGCACGUUGUGCAUGGAGUACGCGCCGGCGACGAAGAUAAACGAUCUGGAAGGGCUUAAGAAGAUCGGCGUAGACCCUGACCGCAUGGCUCGCCUUGCGGUGGAGGCGUACUUGCAACAAGUGUUGCGCUUCGGUUUCUUCCACGCGGAUCCGCACCCGGGUAACGUGGCCGUCGAUGCGGGCGAUUCCGAGGGUAAGGGUCGUUUAGUCGUGUACGAUUACGGUAUGAUGGGUCGUAUUCCGAGCACGACGCGCGAUGGUUUGUUGGACCUCUUCUACGCAACGUACGAGGGUCAAAGCGACAGCGCCGUCAAGGCUCUGAUGAAGAUGGGUGUGCUCGUUGAUGGGGGCGCCGACCUCACAGCGGUCAAGCGCACGGCAGAUUUCUUCUUGACGCAGUUUGAUGCGCGCAUCAACGCGCAAAAGAAGGCUCGAGAAACGAACAGAGAGGAGUACGAGGCUGAGUUCAAGGCACCGAGGACUAAGGAGGAGAAGCAGGCGGUACGCAAGAAGAUCUUGUCGAACAUCGGAGAAGACCUCUUGGUCGUCAGCAAGGAUCAACCGUUUCGGUUCCCGGCUGAAUUUACUUUUGUGGUGCGAGCCUUCUCCGUGUUAGACGGUAUCGGCAAGACGCUCAACAAGAAGUUCGACAUUUCCGAAAUCGCUGCGCCUUACGCGCGCAACUUACUCAUCGAAGCCAACCCGAACUCGUUACCGCCGCAAGUUGUCACCGCGCAGCGAGAGUGGUUGCGUCGCGCCGACGCGCAAACCAAGGCUCUUGUGAAUCUCAUCAAGGGUCCAGAUGCGAUUUCUGAUGUCGCGGACAUCUUACGUCGCAUUGAAACGGGUAAGCUGAAGAUUCGCGUGCGAGCUCUCGAGGCCGAGCGUGCGAUCGAGCGUAUGUCCAUCAUGCAGGGUGUGAUGAUGCAGGCCGUGAUCGCGUGCGCCGCUACCAACAUCGGCGUCGUGAUGUACGUCAGCGGCCUGAUGCUUCAGGCUCAGUGCGCGUUUGGCUUUGCCGGUUUGUUGGCGUUCAAGGCUCUCACGGGACAGCUCAAGGUGGCGAAGCUGUUGAAGAAGGAGAACUCCAUUCUUGGGGCUUAA